CAUCCCUCUUGCCCUUGUCUCACCAACCGUCAUCUGCUUGCCCUCGUCUCCAUCCCCGUCUCCUGCUCACGUUUCGACGACCAAAAGACAACGGCGAUCAUGUCCCACGAUUACUCGAUGCAAGAGAUUCAGAGGCCGUACCGUGAUGAGCCGAUGAACUCGAAUUCGGACCUUCAGGACUACUUUGACGGACCCGGGGGCGUGCCUCCUCCGCACCGCCUCUCCGGGAUACACCACUCUCCUUACAACUCCAUCACAGACCUGCCCCCCUCCCGCCUCUCCCAGGCAUCCGUCCCUACUGCUGCUUCAAACCCGUUCUCCACCCCAACGAGAGGAACAGACUCGGUCCCAUACAUGCCUGCUCCAACCAACUACAACGACCUCGAUGCCGCGCCCAACUCGGAGUGGCUCGAAAAGACCGAGAAGAGCAACAGCCGUACCAAGUGGAUCGUCAUUGGCGUCGUCGCAGUUGUUGCUGUUGCCAUUGGCGUCGGUGUCGGUGUAGGCGUCUCCAUGUCGAAGAAGAAGUCGUCUUCGGACGUGGUCAACAACGCGGCCAGCUUCCCCAAGAAUUCCGCGCUCAAGCAGUCCUUCUGGGGCAUCGCGUACGCCCCUCUGGGCUCCCAGCUCCCCGACUGCGGAGCCACGAUCGACUCGGUCAUUGAGGAUAUCCAGCUGCUGUCUCAGCUGACAACGAACAUCCGUCUCUAUGGCUCUGACUGCAAUCAGUCCUCGUUUACGCUCGAGGCCAUCAAGAAGACCGGCGUCAACAUGAAUGUCUGGCUUGGCAACUAUCCUGCCGUGGGCGACAACAACACGGCGUACUACCGCCAGAAGCAGGAGAUCAUCGAUGCUAUCAACAUGUGGGGAGCUGAUAACGUUGCUGGUAUCACCGUCGGCAACGAGUUUGUCCUCGAUUACAUGUCCGCUCAAAGCGCGUCCGACCAGAGCCCGAAUGGCGCCAUCGGCACUCAGGCCGCAGAGAUCCUCAUCCCGCUCAUCAACGACACGCGCACAACGAUGGACAACAUGGGCCUCAGCAAGAAGAUUCCCAUCGGGAACGCCGACGCGGGCUCGUACUUCAACAACCAGGUGCUCGAGUCGGUCGACUACGCGAUGGCGAACGCGCACCCGUGGUUCGCGAACCAGUCCGUGCAGGACGCGGCCGGGUGGACGUGGAACUUCUUCCAGACCACGGACGUCGCGCAGGCCAAGGGGGUCGCGAACGACCCGACGUUCUACAUUGGCGAGACGGGCUGGCCGACGGGCUCGAGCACGACGCUGAACGCGAAUCCGAACGACGGGCCGUCGACGGCGAGCGUGGAUAAUCUGCAGAUUUUCAUCGACAACUUUGCGUGCCAGGCGACGAAGAACGGCACGUAUUAUUUCUUCUUUGAGUAUAUGGAUCAGCCGUGGCAGGGUGCCGAGUACGGCGGUGUCGAGGGCUAUUGGGGUCUGUUCGAUUCAAACAAAAACUUCAAGAACCUCACGCUCCCCACCUGUUAAAUUCGCCGACAGCGACCACCCUUCCCACUCUCGCCAGCGAUAAUCGCCCAUAGCCGAUCUUUCAUCUAUCCAUUCCUUUAUCUGCAAUAGCAAUAGCAACAAACGCACUACGGUGUUCCCUCGGAAUGUAUACUCUUGGGCAUUAUGUCUGGUUACUUUUUGGUUUUGGACAACUUUCUUUACUUACGGACCGAGAUGGACGAACAGUUUGAUUGAUUAGGAUUACUUUUUUGAUACGUGACUCCCCUACCUUGUUUAGGGUUUUUGUUCUACACUCUUGACUUGUCUUUUCAUUUUGAUUUGACUUGUCGUUUUGUCUGUUGCUGCUUGUCUGUUUUUACCCGUCGAACAUACCUCGGAUGUGGUUAAUGAAUGUUGAACGUUGAGUGCGUGUUUGUGUUUCCAUCCACGUUUUUGCGAUGGAUUGGGUUGGGGAUGUUAUUGUUGGUGUAGCAUGCCCGUGUGUUGUUUUAUGUUGACUUGAGCCCACUGUGGUUGCGUGCGCUCUUGGAAGGA